AUGGCGCUCCCCGCCGUCACCUCCGGCCUUCGCCGCGCUCGGCGCCGGCCCAGCCCCGCGCCCGGCUCCGCUCCUGCCGGGGCUCUGCGCCGCCUGCGCCCGCCGUCGCCUCCGCCGCGCCCCGCCCCCGCCACGGCUUGCCGCCGCCGCCAUCUUAGCGCCCGCCGUCUCAACAACAACUUUAUAGACAAGCGCCAGCACGGGGGCGGGGCCACCGGGCCGGGCGGACCCGUGGGGAGCGGCGGGGGCGGAGCAGGCGGCACCAGGACCCGGGGGAACCGCGGCAGGCGGGUGGCGAGCAGGCCCGGGGGCCGGGAAGCUGCGGGCGGCGGCGCUGGGCCCGGCGCGGCAAGAGAGGCCCUGAGAUGCCGAGCAAGAAGAAAAAGUAUAACGCGCGGUUUCCCGCCGGCGCGGAUCAAGAAGAUCAUGCAAACUGACGAAGAAAUUGGGAAGGUGGCGGCGGCAGUGCCUGUCAUCAUCUCCCGGGCGCUUGAGCUGUUUCCUGGAGUCGCUGUUGAAGAGGCUUGGCAGGUGAACAGUCCCCGAAAUGCCAAGACCAUGACCACAUCCCACCUGAAGCAGUGCAUUGAGCUGGAGCAGCAGUUUGACUUCUUGAAGGACCUGGUGGCCUCUGUGCCUGACAUGCAGGGAGACGGGGAAGACAACCACAUGGACGGGGACAAGGGUACCCGCAGAUGGACUGUACCUUCCCGAAGGGGCCGGAAGCCAGGAAGCAGUGGACGGAAGAAUGGUGGGAUGGGAAGCAAAAGCAAGGACAAGAAGCUGUCAGGGACGGACUCGGAACAGGAGGAUGAGUCUGACGACACAGACACUGAUGAAGAGGAGACAUCACAAGCCCCACCCCAGCCAGUCUUCCCCCCUGCCCCACUUUCAGCUGGUAACCCCCCGACACCCUUCAUGCCCUUCACCUCGACUCUGCCUCUGCCCCCAGCACCCCCGGGCCCCUCAGCUCCUGAUGCAGAGGAUGAAGAAGACUAUGACUCCUAGCGCCCUCUGCCCCCCAGGCCACGCCCCCUUUUAGUUGGUUUUAGUUGCUCUGGGGGGAGGAGAGAAGAUAGAGCUGUUCUUAAAUUUAUUAAAAAAUUAAUAAUAAAAGGGAACACCAGUGUCUGUCCCAGCCUAUGUCCAGGGCUCCGUGGCCACCUUCCCAUCCGUCCACCUGCUUUCCCCAUGCUGAGCUGAGGCCAGGAGCGGUGGCAGGCAGGGCAGCACCUGAGUGAAGGGAGGACCCAGAGGCCACGGUUCUGCCCGGGUAGGAGCAGGGGUGCUGACAGAAUGAAGGUAGGCAGAGCGGUGGUGUAGGGCCGGAGCCAGGGGUGCUGGUUAUGCUGGGGGACAACCUGUUCCGUUGUGCCGUGUGA